AUGCGCCCAGCUCUCAGGCAAGCCAGGACUCUGCUGAACCACGAAGCCUCUAUACCUGCUUAUCUCUGCCCCGCACUGCUUCGCGCGCCAUCAGUCGCAACCACAGUCCGUCGUCAACCACCCCACGUCCAGUCCUUCUCGUCCUCAACAAGAGCGCGAGAGCAGGCCAGCACCAGCCAUAUCUCCGAAACACCCUUAAACAAUGCUCCUCCUCCAACUAGCAAAUCUUCCACUCGGUCGCUUCCUCGAACAUGCCCAGGAUGUGGUGCGCUGACGCAGAUGUACGACAAGAAGGAGGCGGGCUACUACAACAUCGAUAGGAAUGCGAUACGCGAAUAUCUGCAUUGGACCCCCAACAAGGCAAAACAGGCGACAGCCGAGGAUGAAAUAUUUGCCAAGGCGCUCAAAGACGCGAGUCCCGAGCUGCUGGGAGAACUGGGCGUAGCGAACGAUGUCGACCAGGCACCGCCAGACGACGAGGCGCCAGAGACACCAGUAUGCGAUCGAUGUCACCAACUGAUCCACCACCGCGUCGGGUCGCCUAUUCACCAUCCGACCGUCGAAUCCAUACAACAGACCAUUGCAGAGUCGCCUCACAGACGCAACCACAUCUAUCACGUAGUCGAUGCCGCCGACUUCCCCUUGUCUAUCGUUCCCAACCUGCAGUCUUCCCUACGCAUACCCAAACUCCGCACGCAAAACAGACGAGCCAAACACAAGGGAUGGGUGGCCAACGACCGCAUCGCUGAGGUCAGCUUCAUCAUCACUAGGGCCGAUCUGCUGGCACCCAAGAAGGAACAGGUGGAUGUGUUGAUGCCAUACGUUCGAGAUGUUUUGCGAGAUGCGCUGGGAAGACAAAAUGCGAAUGCGCGUCUGGGCAACGUUCGUCUUGUGAGCGCAAAGCGAGGAUGGUGGACCAAAGAGGUCAAGGAAGAUAUCUGGGAACGUGGUGGAGCAGGCUGGAUGGUUGGCAAGGUUAAUGUUGGAAAGUCGAACCUCUUCGAAGCCGUUUUCCCCAAAGGACGAGGCGCCGACUACCAGAAUAUACGCAAGAUUCGUAGCGCAGCGGAGCGAGAGGCAAUGCUAAGUAGCGCCAAGUCCCUGGAUGACCUUACACAAAUACAACAACAGCUCGCGGAAGAAGACGCUGAGACGGAACGCCUCAAGACAAAACAGCAAGAACAUAUUCACCAGCCUCCUGCUGAGCUCGAAGAGCCGCCCGAAGAAGAUGACUUUGACGACCCAGACGCCCUCCUUCCACCUCCCCAACCAUAUACCCCUUACCCAGUCUUGCCUAUCGCCUCUUCACUCCCUGGUACGACGGCGUCUCCAAUACGUAUCCCAUUCGGCCGCAGCAGAGGCGAACUAGUCGAUCUCCCUGGACUCGCGCGCACAACUCCAGGCCUAGAGACGUUCGUUCAACCCGCCUCGCACGACGAACUCGUCAUGACAAACCGUAUCAAUUCCGAGCGCUAUACCUUGAAGCCCGGGCAAUCACUGAUCCUAGGCGGAGGACUGAUCAGAAUAACGCCCAAGAACCAAGAUCUAGUAUUCUUGGUCUACCCCUUCGUCCCCAUCCACCCACACGUCACCCGCACCGAGAAGGCCAUAGACUACCAAGCCCAAACCUCGGACCGCCAACUCCAAGUGCCCCCUAUCCUCGCCCCAAACGUCGGCUCCAAAAUGAACUCCGCUGGAAUCUUCCCACUCAAAUGGGAUGUCACCAAGAAACUCUCCGGCCCUGUAACGUCUGUCGCCGCCGGAAAAAUGAGACCAGAGAACCUCCCAUACAGGAUCUGGGCCACGGAUAUCCUAGUCGAAGGCGUAGGCUGGAUCGAAGUCUCUGCGCAAACCCGAAGACCCCAAGGCUGGAAACCAUCAGGUCUCAUCAAAAAGGACCCCAACCAAGCCAAAUUCGACCGCAUCACCCGACUCAAAGAGGAAGAAGAAUAUAAGAACAGAAAAUUUGCGGCGAUUGCGCGGGCAGAGAAGGAAGGUAGGGAUGUGGAAGAGGUACUAGAGGAAGAGUUCUACAAAGAUCGCAUGAAGGAGCGUGUGGAGGGGUGGGAGGAUGAUUACCCUGAAGUCGAGGUUUUUUCGCCGCUGGGCAAGUUUGUAGGCCAGCGUCGGCCCAUGUGUGCGAGCACGGUUAGUGGGCCGAAGUAUGUGGCUUCAAGAGAUAGGAAGCAGAGGCCGAGACGUAGCAUGGUUAGUGUGAAGAGGCAGAGGAAACCACAGGGUGCGUCGUAG